AUGUUGGUGCUGUUGUUUGUGUCUCUGCUUUCCCUGGUGCUUCCAUUGGCGUGCCAACAGACGGUAGUGGUAGAGAAUUCGACCAGCACUUCGGGCGCUACGGACGAGGGACGUUUCUUGAUUCGAGGCAAACCGAUCCUAGUGUAUCCGCCGACAGCACCGACUCGUCACCAGCUGAUCUCAGGCGUCGGUGUGCCCGUCGUCGGCCUGCCGCACUCGGUGGUAAUGGGCUGGGUACUGAAGGCCCAGUACUAUCUGCCGAGUCUACCGUCGGACUAUGAGCCGGUAAAUGUAGAAAACUGGAACGACAGUCGGCGUGCUAUGCCCGACCGUUUCCGCCGUGGUACGGUCGAACGGUACGAGGUGGACAAUGUGUCGAUUCGCGUUGAGCCGUUACCGGCGGAGGAAUCGCAAAACGCACAAAAGGCUCGAGAGGAUGAUGAUGAUGAUGAUGAUGAAGACGACUUGGCAGAAAACCUUCAGAGUUUGAAGAACAUGUGGCUAAAAAGUGACGCUGAGCAGAAGGAAAACGAAAACCACAAGGAGUCAACGAAAUCUGGUGUUCCUCCACCCGCUGGAGCGUCUUCUUCAGAUGGAUACUCCGCGGCAAACAGUAGAUGGAAUGUUUACAAGUCAAUCGAAUUACUAAGUAAUGGCUACGGAUUCGGAGGCCAUGUGUGUGUAUUACGCAGUAUAUGUGAGGCGGCCGAGGCACAAUUUACCCACACGGGAGGUGUGUUUGCUGAGCUUUUGCAUAUCGUGUUUAGUCCCUCUACGACCAACGAACCUGUAUCCGAACAUCGAGACAACGAGUAUUACCGUGCGGAACAAUUAGGCCGAAAUGGGGCACCUUGUGCAGACAUAUUCCGCGAAUGUUCCACUUCUCUGCUGGACAUGUUCUCCGGCGUACACGAUUUACAUUCCGAUGCGUCAUCAUUAUCCCAUAAGAAAGUCAAUAAAAGUUUCAACAACUUAUAG